CAGUUACAUAUAUAAUGACGGUGCUUCUAUAUUUGAUGGCAGUGGGUUUCAUACCACAAUAGAAAUUUCGUGUGAAGUUCUCUUCCGUCUGAACAAGCAAGUUUCCGUUCUGGGAACGGAGGGACGAUUCCGGGAUCGGAGACUCCCCUGGGGGAAAGGUAGCCCGCACAUAGAUAUAAUGCAGAUGCACACAGUGUUAUGAUAUGAUUAAACGUGCCACUUUGAGUCAGGAUAUUGGAAGGAGCCUUACUUACAGACUGCCUAGCAACGUCCCGCUCAUGGCAAAUUACUUUUUUAUGGGAGUCUCUCAGACAGAGAGACAAAUGGUCGGACCUUGACCCAACAUUGUGUCGUUUCCGGGUAACAAAGGUGUGAACGAGAAAGGCGUACCCCUGGGUGGGUAUGCAGAAGAAAUGUAGGUUUGUCAGGGAGGGGACGUGUUCACGUGAGCUCCCUGGAUGCGCUUGACUGUGGAUGUUCCAAUAACAAGGGGUGGAACAACGACGCACAAGACAGACGAAUAAGGGUGACGGCACUGUCAACAACAGUUAGGACAAGGCUCGCGAAGAAAAGAGAAAAAACCCUGUGAAGUUGUGCUAUAUACAGCAUGGGUGAGGGACAAGCUACUUGGAGACAGAUAUUACCAGUUUUUAUCAUUUUCUUAGUCUUCCUGUUUGCUGGAGCCGGCAUCUUUAAGGGAUUGGAAGAAUAUUUCUAUGACCCCGGAGACCCGCCACCGAGAAGGCGUAAGGUGGAACACGUCAUAAACGAAUUUGUUCAAAACGUCACGUCAAAUGGAACUGUCGUAACUGUGGAUGAAGUACACAGUUUGGUGAGGCAAAUUGAAAUCGCAAAGCAUGGAAGAAUCCUCGAGCAAGUAUCUUAUCAGAAUGAUACAUCAUACAACCUCGACUACAUGGAGUCUUGGUACUUCUGCAUGACGAUCGUCACCACCAUAGGCUAUGGACAUAUGGGGCCUUUGACAGAUGCUGGAAAGAUCUUCUGCUGUGCCUAUGCAUUUAUUGGCAUCCCCAUCUGUUUGAUCCUACUGGCACUUGUUGGUGGACAACUUGGUGAUGCAAAUAGAUGGAUGGACAAGCGUGUGAAGGAGCAACUGUCCAAGAAGAUAAAGAACCCGGGGUUCAUCAGCAUAGUGGGGAUUCUGGUAUCCCUGAUUGUCAUGCUGAGUGUGUUCUUCUUCGUUCCUGCUCUCAUCUUCACUUUAGUUGAAGAAGACUGGUCAUACCUAGAGGCCCUGUACUACUGUUUCAUCACCUUGAGCACUGUGGGGUUUGGAGACUUUGUGGCUGCUCUACCUUCCGACACCAUGGCAUAUGCUGUGAACACCAUCUACAAGUUUGUAGUGUUCCUGUGGAUCAUGGUAGGCCUGACCUUCCUUGCUGGUGCCCUGGACUUGAUGGUGACAAAACUGAAGGACCUGGGAUCUAAGGUUUCUGAUCUGGAUGUGCCGGACAUCGAUGGGGUCAAUGUGGACAUGGCAGACUUGAAGUUACCAAAAGGCCUGAAGUCCAAGAUGAACAAAGACAUCAAGCCCAAGGAGGUGUCCGAGUGGGGAAAGACUGGGAGGUAUAACGGAGGAUUCGACACCCCACUAUGAUGUGGUUAGAUAUUCGAGGGGGGAGGGGGCAGUAGAUCAAACUAUAUGUAACAAGGAUCCUUCUUAAUAUAUGUAUUCAAGAAGUGAGAGGGUUUUAGUUCAUUAUUGUCUUAUUGCACAAAAUUCUAAAAUAUUAAAAAUCUUCAAGAUUCAAAUGUUUCUUUUUACGAUUUUGUACAUUAUAGGUUGUAUUCAAUCUCUGGCUAAGUAGUACCAAAGACUUUACAAAUAGUACAUGCUACUUUCUCUGCUUAGCACACAUCUGGGAAAGAGUAUGGUACAAAAUUCAGCACCAAGAGACCACGUCUAGCGAAAUAAUAGACGUUAAAUGAGGACAACAACAACAACAACAACAACAAAAUGUAGUUUAACAUGCAUCACGAUCAGUGGAGUAGCCCCUUGCAGUGUUGACUGCACAAACCUGUGUGGCCCAAGGGCUACUGAAAUGGAGAUGGGCACCACCCUCUGUACCAUCUGGUGCAGGAAGGAGAUAUUUAAAUAAGUCUUUGGCAUGACUUGGCUGGUGAUCAAACUCAAGACCAACCGAAUGCAAGGCUGACUGAACUCUUAUUAUAUAACCUACUUGGCGAUUGCAUCGGUUUAGCAGUUCAAUUAUCAAGUUUAUUGCAAAUUCUUGCCUGUGGGCUAAUUGCAGGUAACAUAGAUUCAAACAGUGUAAAAUACAAUAUCGCAAGUGUCUACUCUAGUCUAAAACUAGUAAAAGCUAGCUCUAGA